CUUGCUUUCUCUCUCUCUCUAGUUUCUCUCUCUAGGGUUGGUGGCAUUGGCAGUUUGGCUUUCACUUCUGCAGUGAAGGUGUAGGAAGAUGGUGAGGCAAAAGAUUGAGAUAAAGAAGAUCGAUAACUUGACAUCGAGGCAGGUGACCUUUUCGAAGAGGAGAAGAGGGCUUUUCAAGAAAGCGAGAGAACUUGCCACUCUUUGUGAUGCUGAGAUUGCUCUCAUUGUUUUCUCGGCCACCGGCAAGCUCUUCGACUACUCCAGCUCCAGCAUGACGCAAGUCAUCCAACGACGUAAGGCUCAGCCAGAGGGUAUCAACCGUCUCCGGCAAACUUUCCUCAAUCAGGUGGGAGGCGACAUUGAUGAUGCGAUCAGCAAGGAACUCAUGGCCUUGACUCGCGAAUACAAGCAACUUAAUGGAGAAGAGCUCCAAGAUCUCGGCAUGAAUGAACUGGCUAGACUGGAGAGAGUGGUGGAGUCAGCAUUGGGCCGAGUUUCUAAAACAAAGAAUGACCAGCUUAUGUUUGAGAUCAGCAAGCUGGAGACAAGGGAAAUAGAACUGAAGAAAGAAAACGAGAUGCUGAAACAGCAAGCUGAGAAAAAAAGAAACGCAACGGAACAAGGAAGUUCAGUCGAGUCCAUCGCCAACUCCUAUGGCUUUCGGGCCCGUUGUCCGUACGAGGACAAGAGCGUCUCCGACACUGCUCUAAAGCUCGGGUUUGUAUGAAUAUAUUAUGGGAUGAGUUUGCUUUGUGGUAUAAGGAAGGGAUAUAAGCCCUGGCGUGGAGUUGUUCGCAAUUUUCCCAGAAUAAAUUUUUUGAGAUUGUAUAUGAAAUGAGGAAAUCAUUAUAGGUUUUA